GCUGGUUGUACUAGAACUUUACUCGGGUCUCUCCGUCUCCUGCUACGUUUACUCCACCUCGUCUCGGAAGCGGAUAGAUUGGACUUUAUUUUUUACUGCACUACUUUAUCUGACAGACGUAGUUACUUUACAAAGAAAGGAUUCAAAAGAGCUUUUACAACGCGACGCUCGGUUUUCAAGUUAAAGUCAGACCGAAACCAAUAACGGAUUCAUCGAUAAAUCGACUGAUCGGAAGCCAGUCGGCCUCCACUUUGAAAAUACCAGACAUUUCAUGGUUCCAGCCUCUUAAAUAGACGAUGGCGGAGCAGAACGCCGAGGCGAAGCUGAAGAACCUGCUGAAGCAGGAGAGGAUCCAGCUGUGGAAUCCCCCGUUCACCGACGACGACAACCAGCCGGGAUGCCGGCACAUGCAGGAGCUGGCGGAACGCUACGCCCCCCUGGUGCUUCUGUCUGUGUCGGAGGUGGGGGGCGCUCUGGAGUCCAUCAGAGUUCAGACGGUGAAGAGAGGGAAAGGAAACAAGACGUACAGAGAGACCAACGUGGCAACGCUGGAGCUGCUGCUGCCCAGAGACAGCAGGAAGGAUCCAAAGUCGAAGAAGAACUACCUGGAGACGAGGCUGGACAUGUUGGUUCAGGAGGUGGUGGACAGGAUUGGAGCGGAGUACGGCCUCCAAUACAUCAAACUGAUCCUGAACGGGAAAACUUUGUCCGUAGACCAGCGUCUGGACGAGCAGGGUGUGAAGAACCACAGUAAGAUGAUGGUGCUGAAGGUGAGCGAUGCUGAGUUGAAACAACAGAUGAGUAAGGAGGAGGAGAAGAAGAAGCAGCAGAGCGAGAGCCUCCAGAGGACCCAGAAAGGCUUCCAGAUCCUGUCAGAGAGAGACGGCAGCGAGGACCCAGAAACCACGCCCUUCCUGGAGAUCGCUGACCAGAGGGGGAACCCGCUGAAGAUCCCGCACAAGAAGAGGAAGACUCUGAUCCUGGCCAUGGGUUUUCACGAGAAAGGUCGUUCUCUGAUGAAGAGGAAGCAGUAUGACAACGCUCUGUGUCACCUGCUGCAGGCCGACCAGCAGUUCAGUAAGUGCGACUCGGCUCUGCUCAACGCGGUGGAUAACUACGCCGUCCUGCAGCUGGACAUUGUGUGGUGUUACCGAGCUCUGGAGGCUCUGUCCUGUCUGGAGGACGGCAAGAGCCGCCUGCAGAGAGCCGAGGACUGUUUCCUUCAGUGUUACGGAGAACAGCGGGAGAGGCUGCUCAUGAUCAAGGGUAACACGGGCAGAGAGGAGGUGUUGUUUCUCCGGCUGUAUCUCCUCCAGAGUCUCCUCUCCUACAUCGAAGGAAACGACGCUCAGGCCCGACACCAGCUCUCCAAAGUGGAGUCUCUCUACAGCCGUCUGUGUCUGGACUCGGAGAAAAUGGCUCAGCUGAUGGCUCUGGGUUUCUCGGAGAGAGAGGCCCGGCUCGGACUCAGAGCCUGUCGGGGGGACCUGCAAGAGGCCGCUAUCCACAUCAGCAACCGCAGACAGGAGCGGGAGGAGCUGAAGCAGAGGGAGAGGCAGAGGAGGAGGAGGAGGGUUGAGGACAUCGCCAGCCUCAUGGAGCUGGGAUACUCCCGGAGAGACGCCGCCAGAGCUCUGCACCGCGCUGACGGAGACCUCAACAAAGCUUGCGAGAUCCUCCAGGACUCCAGUGCGGCUGCUCAGGCCACCAAUAACAACACGGAGGGGGCGGUGAGUCCGGAGAGGGUGGAGCAGUUGUUGUAUUUGGGUUUCGAGAGGGGCGCGUCUGAAGCAGCUCUUGCUCUGACGGGCGGAGACGUCCAAUCAGCGACUCAGCUGCUGCUGGACAACGGGGGCGUCCUCUCCCCGCACUCCACCUCCACCUCCACCUCCACCUCCACCUCCUCCUCCACCUCCCCCUCCUCGGAGGAGCCCACCACCUCCUCCAACUUCACAGAGGACGACGAGCUAGUGAGCGAAGUGUUGGAGGACAUCUCCCGUCACGAGGAGGACUAUCUCGACCUGACGCUGGAGGAGGAGAGCGAGCUCAUGGACACCAUAAAGAGCUACCUGAACCGAGGCUCCGCACACACCGUGUGACACACACACACACACACACACACACACACACACACACACACACACACACAGUGCUUUAUCUGCCCUCCGAUAGCAACUUAAAGCAUGAAAGCGUUGUUUUCUGCAGUUACUUCAGUCAUAAAGUUGAAAAACGUCACAGCGACGUGCCAAAGCACAGGCGAGACGUCAAACCACGAGGCAGCACUCUCCGCGCCGACCAACGGCGGCUUCACCUCCGAAAUAAUCAGGUUCUCUCUUUAUGGCCGUCCUGACAAACUAAAAUCAUUAGUGGAAAAAGUCUUGUUUUCCUUAACAGUUCAGCUGCUUCCGAGCCGUUGUGUCUGCUGAAGAAAUGAACCUUGUUGGACCACAUCUGGUUAUGGGUUGAAUUCGUGACUCUGAAGUUAGUUCAAAGCUCCUGAAUCAAGGUCCUUCAGGCUGCUGUCCCGGGGUUUUUGUUUAUCAUGGAAAAAGUUCAGUUUGAGAAAAGCAGCACCCUGACUUUAUUUGAAAACAAGAUUCAUUUCUCUGCUGUUUCUUAGUAUUUUUCCUUCUAAAUGUAUAAAUAUUCUUUUCUAAAUUAAAUCAUUAGGUAUCUUUCUGUAGCUGCUUGACUGGAUUUUUUUUGGUUUGGUUUUUUUGUUGAUAAAGCAAACGAAUGUCUGCUGCUUUGAAGCGAGACUUAAGGUUCAGGAAACCUGAACCUCUUUUAUUGUUGCUCUGAUACAAUAAGCAGACUUCCGUGUUAUGUUUGUGACAAAGCAGCAGUUUGUGAUCUGAUUUGAAAUGAACUUCAUGUUAAUGUUGAGUUCCGUGUGGUUUGUCUCAUGUUGAUGGAGCCAAUAAAGAAAAUGAAGGUUCAAACCAGGUGGGACCAGUUCUUCCUCGGCCGAACCGGCUCAUACCUCCACAGUUUUAAUUGUACUUUUACUUUCGCAUUGAUCUCAUGCUCUUAUUUUGUACACCGAUGCACGACGUCCUCGUCUUCCCGUGUCCUCUGCCGACACGCGGCACACGCUCGGUCCGCUCACAGUUCCUCAUAAUAACAACCAGCCAUUGAUUGUGAUUGUUGAAGCAGGUCCCCUCUCAGUCCAGGUUCAGCACUGGAGCCGGUCAGACGGCCCUCCCCGUCGGCGAGACGUAAAAACCGCUGCUACUUACACCCAGCGAGCACUUUAUUAGGAACACCUCACUACGACCGGGUGGUUCCUCCCUCUGCUCCGUAAACAGCCUCAGGUCUCCGUGGCCUGGAUUCCACCAGAUGUCGGUAAUUUUCCACUGAGGUUCUGGUCCAUGUGGACGUGACUGCAUCGCAUCAUUGCCGCAGAUUUGUCAGCUGCACGUUGAUGCCGCCAAUCUCCCGUUCUACCUCGUCCCGAAGGUGUUCUACCAGAUCCGGAUCCGGUGACCGGGGAGGCCACUGAACUCAACGACAUGUUCAGGAAACCGGUUUGAGACGACUUUUGCUUCGUGACACGGAGCAUUAUCCUGCUGGAAGUAGCCAUUAGAAGAUGGUGAACUGCGACCACAGAGGGAAGCACAUGGUCGUCACCAGCACUCAGACCGGCUGUGACAUUCAAACCAUGAUUGGGUCGCGUGAAGGAGCCAAAUAAAGUUCUCAGAGAGUUUAACUAUCAAAACUUUCUUCUGAAAAGUUUCUAAGUCUCAUGAAACAAUCUGCGGCGUCACCUAAGAACUGAACGCCCGUCCCCUCUGUGACUCACCUCUCAGUACUCGUCCUCUGCUGCCUGUCACCUGGUCUCAGGUCGGCGAUUCGCUUUUAUUACCGACUCUUG